AUGAAACUUUAUAACUUAUUCACCUGCUCAUCAUCGUCAUCCUACUCGUGGCUGCCCCCUCCCUCCGUUGGUCCAGAUCUGUCCAGUUGGAUUAACCUCCGGAUUCCUAACGAAAUUUCUUUCGGAUUCCGGUUGGAAUUCCUUCCAGAUUUUAGUCGGACACGUCUGAAUUCCUUCCGGAUUUCGAUCGAAACUCCUUCCGGAAUUCCAGUAGGGAUUACCUCCAGCUUCUGGCUGGAUUUCCUUCUGGAUUCUUGUCGUAAUUCCUUUCGUAUUCUGGAUUCCGGUUGUUUUUUCUUCUGGGUUCCCGUUGGAAUUCCGAUCGCAGUUCCUUCAAGAUUUUGGUCGUUAUUCCUUCCUUAUUCCGGUCAAAAUUCCUUCCGGAUUCCAGCCGGAAUUCUUUCCGAAUUCCGUUCAAAACUAUUUCUGGAUUCCGGUGGGAUUUCCUUCUGCAUUCUUGUCGGAAUUUAUUUCGGAUUCCAGUUGGAAUUCCGUUUGGAAAUCCGGUCGAAAUUCCUUCUGAACUCCGGUCGGACUUCCUUCCGGAUUCCGGUCAGCAUUUCUUUAGGAUUCCAGUCGUUAUUCCUUUCGAAAGCCGAUCGGAUCUUUUUUCCGAAUGUUGAUCGGAAUUAUUUCUGGAUUCCAGUUGGAUUCACUUCCGGAUUCCAGACAAAAUUUCUUUCGAAUUCCGGUUGGAGUUCCUUCCGGAUUUCAGUCGGAAUCUCUUCCAGUUUCCGGUCGGAAUUCCUUCCGAAGGCUUUCUUCGACACGUCGGAAUUCCUUCCGGAUUUCGAUCGAAAUUCCUUCCGAAUUCCAGUAGGGAUUACCUCCGGAUUCUGGCUGGAUUUCCUUCUGGAUUCCUGUCGGAAUUCCUUUCGUAUUUCAAUAGGAAUUAUUUCCGGAUUCUGGUUGUUUUCUUCUGGAUUUCCGUCGGAAUUCCGAUCGCAGUUCCUUAAAGAGUUUGGUCGUAAUUCCUUCCCAGUUACGGUCGGAAUUUCUUCCGAAUUCCGGUCAGAUUUUCUUCCGAACCCUGGCCAGAAUUCCUUCCGGAUUCCGGUCAGAUUCUCUUCCUGAUUCCGGUCGGAAUUCUUUCUGAAUUCCGUUCAAAAAUAUUUCUGGAUUCCGGUUGGAUUUUCUUCUGCAUUCUUGUCGGAAUAUCUUUUGGAUUCCAGUUGGAAAUCCUUCCAAAAUUCAGUCGGAAUUCGUUCCGGAUCCCGGUUGGAUUUUCUUCUGGAUUCCCGGCGAACUUCCUUUCGGAUUCCGUUUGGAAAUCCGGUCGAAAUUCCUUCCGAACUCCGGUCGGACUUCCUUUCAGAUUCCGAAUAGAAUUCCUUUCGGGUUUUGGUCGUUAUUCCGUUUGAAAGCCGAUCUGGUCAGAGUUUCUUUUGGAUUCCGAUAGAUUUUUUAUUCCCGAAUGACGAUCGGAAUUACUUCUGUAUUCCAGUUGGAUUAACUAUCGGAUUCCUGAAGAAAAAUCUUUCGGAUGCCGGUUGGAAUUCCUUCCGUAUUUUUGUCGGAAUCUCUUCCAAUUUCCGGUCGGAAUUCCUUCCGAAGGCUUUCUUCGACACGUCGGAAUUCCUUCCGGAUUUCGAUAAAAACUCCAUCUGAAUUCCAGUAGUGAUUACCUCUGGAUUCUGGCUGGAUUUUCUUCUGGAUUCCUGUCGGAAUUCCUUCCGAAUCCCGGUUGGAAGCCCUACCGAAAUCCGGUUGUAAUUCCCUCCGAAUUCCAGUAAGAAUACCUUCAGAAUUCCGAUCAGAAUUGCUUCCAGAUUUCGGUUGGAAUUGCUUGCGCAUUUUGAUCAGAACUCCUUCCGAAUUCCGGUCAUUAUUUCUUUUGAAAUUCGAUCGGAAUUCCAUCCGAAUUUCAGUAAGAACUGUUCCCGAAUUCAGGUUGGAUUUCCUUCUUAAUUUCAAUCGUAAUUCCUUCCGGAUUCCAAUCGGAAUUUCUUCUUAAUUUCGGAUUACGGAUUCCAGUAGGAAUUAUUUCUGUAUUAAGGUUGGUUUUCCUUCUGAAUUCUUGUUGGAUUUCCUUCCGGAUAUCGGUCGGAAUACUUUCGGAUUCCGGCUGGAUUUUCUUCAGGAUUUCCGUCAGAAUUCGGUUGGAAGUCCUACCGAAAUCCGGUUGAAAUUCCUACCGGAUUCCAGUAGGAAUUAUUUCCGAGCUCCGGUUAUAUUUCCUCAUUAUUUUCAAUCACAAUUCCUUCCGGAUUCAAAUCGGAAUUCCUUUUGAAUUCUGGUCGGAAAUCCUUCCUAAUUCCGUUCUGAAUUUCUUCCGGACUCCGGUCGUAAUACCUCCCGGAUUUCCGUUGGAAUUCCUUCCUAGUUGCGGUUGGCAUUUUUUUGGCCAACGGUUGGAAUUUCUUCCGAAUUCUGAUCGGAGUUCCAUCCCAAUUCCUGUCGGAGUUCCUUCUGAAUUCUGGUCAGGAUUUCUUACGAAUUUCGAUCAGAAUUUCUUACAAAUUCUGGUCAAAAUAUUUUCCGGUCGGAAUUCCUUCUGGAGUCAAGUCAGACCUCCUUUCGAAUUCCGAUCAAAAUUCCUUCCGAAUUCCGGUCGGCAUUUCUUCCGAAUUCCGGUCAAAAUUCCUUUCGGAUGCUGGUCGUAAUUUCUUCCGUAUUUUGGUCGGAAAUACUUCUGGAUUCCGGUCGGCAUUCCGGCAUUCCAAUUUCAGUCGUAAUUCCUUCUGAAUUCCAGUCGUAGUUCUUCCUGAAUUGCGGUCGUGAUUCCUUUCAAAUUUGGGUUGGAGUUCUGUCUGGAUUCCAAGCGGAAUUUUUGACGGGAAAGGUCAAUUCUGGUCAAAAUUCCUUCUGAAUUUUUUCCGAGCUCCGAUCAGAAUUCCUUCCUUAUUCCGGACGGAAUUUCUUCCUGAAUCCGGAUGGAAUUCCUUCCGAAAUCAGGUAGGAAUUCCUUCCGAACUCCAGUCGUAAUUUCUGCUGAAUUUCAAUUCCUUCUGAAUUCCGGUCGUGAUUCCUUCCAAAUUUAGGUCGGGAUUCUGUUCGGAUUUCAAGCGGAAUCCCUUUCGAAAUUCAUUUCAAAUCCCGAUAGAAAUUACUUCCGGAUUCCAAUCGGAAUUUCUUCCAGAUUCCGUUCGGAAUUCCUUCCGGAUGCCGGUUGGAUGUCAUUCUGGAUAUCCGUCGGAAUUUCUACCAAAUUCCGGGCGGAGCUUCUUCUAAUU